UCGCCCACGCUCAAGUCUGUUUCCACAUCAAGCAGUCCACAUGGAUGAGAAACCUUACAAGUGUGACAAGUGCGGGAAGGGCUUCACCAGGAGCUCAAGUCUGCUUGUCCAUCAUUCCGUCCAUACGGGUGAGAAACCUUUCAAAUGUGACAGGUGUGGGAAGGGCUUCAGUCAGAGCUCAAAGCUGCACAUCCACCAGAGAGUCCACACCGGAGAGAAGCCGUAUGAGUGUGAGGAGUGUGGUAUGAGCUUCAGUCAGCGCUCAAACCUGCAUAUCCACCAACGCGUCCACACGGGAGAGAGGCCCUACAAGUGCGGGGAGUGUGGAAAAGGCUUCAGCCAGAGUUCGAACCUCCACAUCCACCGGUGCACCCACACUGGAGAGAAGCCCUACCAGUGCUAUGAAUGUGGAAAGGGCUUCAGCCAGAGCUCAGACCUUCGAAUCCACCUCAGAGUGCACACUGGGGAAAAGCCCUACCACUGUGGCAAGUGUGGGAAGGGCUUCAGCCAGAGCUCCAAACUCCUCAUCCAUCAGAGAGUCCACACGGGAGAGAAGCCGUACGAAUGCAGCAGGUGUGGAAAAGGUUUCAGUCAGAGCUCCAACCUCCACAUCCACCAGCGGGUUCACAGAAAGGAGCCUCAUUAAGUAACAUGAGCCCACUCAGGAGUUCAGAAAGCUUUUAUUGCAAAGAUAAAUAUUUUUCAUAGUUGAGUGUGCAUAUCUGAGGUAGAACGCUUACCAGCACGUAUAAGACCGUAAGUUUGAGCUCUGGUACCUGCCUCCCACAGUUUCCAGCGUAAUACUUUGUGUGUGUAGGAAUGUGUGUUCAUGCAGAGAGGGGUGCAUGUGUUGUGCUGGUGUGUGCAUGCAUGUGUGCACGCGUGUGGAGGUCAGAAGACAUCUCAAGUGCUCAGAUGCCUAUCACAUUUUUGUGUGAGACUGGGGAUUUGUGUGUCAGUCGUGGUAUGGAAUAUCACCAAGUAAGCUAUGCUAGAGUCCCAUGAAUCUACCUGUCUCCACUUCACAACUCACCAUGGCUAAGAUUACAGGUGUGUGCCACCACACCUAACGUUUUCAUGUGUGUUUUGUCUCGAGCUUCCUAGACAAGAGCUUUGCUGGGUGAGCUGUCUCCUAGGGCCCCACUUUAAUACUUUUAACUGUGUAUUCCUCAAAGGAAAAAAAUAGUAAGGGUUAUUCUAAUAUAGCCCCUCACAGAAGAAAUCAAUCCUUCAUUUAAAGUAUCCGAGGCCCCAGCACGUUUUAUGUUAUACAAUGAAUGGAUUACUCUGGUUCCUCAUAUGGGUGGAGUGUAAUGCAAUUCUGUUUUCUGAGUUCGAGCCCAGCCUGGUCUACAGAGUGAGUACCAGGACAGCCAGGGCUACACAGAGAAACCCUGUCUCAGGGAAAACAAGAAAACAAAAACCAAAAAACAACCUGGGAUGCAAUCCUGCCAGUGUUGUUAGUAUAUUCCACAAUUUUACCUGCAAGAACUCUGUAUUUCUCCAAACACAGCAUGGCUCCCUUCAUUCAUGUUCUCUGAGAAAUUAGAAGUCAUGUUCCUUCUGAAAUUACGUGCCUUGUUUUUCAUAUUCCCUUUAAGUCCCUAAAU